GGGUGCGAGAUUGGCUGGACGAGACCCUGCAGGGGGCUCCACGGCUCGAGGGGAUGCUGGCCCUGGCGCGGUCCGUGUGGAGGUCAUCGCCAAGAGCGGAGGCCCACUGGUGCAGACCUCGGCAGAUGCGGCACGAUCGGGGCUCGGGGGCUCCCCAAGAGGUCGCUGGAAGGCGACGCGGAGCCCGAGGAGGCCAUCGAGGACCGUGGGCACCGGCCGGCUUCAUGGGGUCGGUUCGCCUCGUCAGGCGUGCCGGCGGCGGCGACCCCGCGCCCCUCGCGCUGAAGGUGAUGAAGAAGAGCGUGGUCCUGAGGAAGAGGCAGGUGGUGCACACGAGGCAGGAGAAGGAGCUGCACGGCCAGCUCGACCACCCGUUGAUCGUCAAGCUGCUCGGCACGUUUCAGGACGAGGCGAACUUGUUCAUGCUCAUGGAGUUUGUCGACGGCGGCGAGUUGUUUGCGGUAUUGCGGUCAGUCAAGAUGUUUCAGAAUGCCGCUGCCAAGUUCUACGCGACUGAGAUUAUCCUGGCACUCGGCCACAUCCACAGCAAGUCCAUCGCCCACCGAGACUUGAAGCUGGAGAACGUCCUUCUCGACUCCUGCGGCCACGUGAAGCUGGUGGACCUCGGCUUCGCCAAGGUCAUCCGCACGCGCACGUACACUAUGUGCGGAACCCUGGAUUACCAGGCACCAGAGAUCAUCAACAGGAAGGGCCACGACCAGUGCGUAGACUGGUGGGCCUUGGGGGUGCUCAUCUACGAGAUGCUGUCGGGCCGCCCGCCGUUCCGAGGAGGCAACGCCCUCGCGGUCUACAAGAAGGCGCUCUCGACCGAGCCCGAGUUCCCCCCCUGCUUCACAAGUAACGCCCGGAGCGUGAUUGGCGGGCUGCUGACAAAGGCGAAGAGCCGCCGCCUAGGCGCCGGCGUGGGCGGAGUGGAAGACGUCAAGGACCACCCGUGGUUCGCCCCGGUGCAUUGGGACAGGGUCUUGCAGAAGCAGUACAUGCCACCCUUCCUGCCGACCUCGACGAGCAGCAGCGACGCUUCCGUGUUCCAGGACUGUCCCGAGGAUGCCAUCGACAGCAGCCCGGUCGGCUUGUCCAAGGCGGAGCAGCGGCAGUUCGAGGGCUUCUGAGGAGCGCCCUGCACGCCCCGAGCUGGCGGUUGGCCGGACCCGGAGGCCUCAACGAUUGGUGGCUUGGAGCCCCGCCCGCAUGGGCUCGCCCUGUUCAGCAUCCGAACUGGGGUCGGAGUAGACGGGGGUCGGAGGAUCGCGCCGCAUCCUCGGUGUGGGGCCC